AUGGAUUUUGAAUACUUACAACAACUAGCUAUAUUGGCACCUUCAAAUAAAAUUGUUGACAAGGUUAGCGAUUACAUGCUGUCUUUGGUUCUGGAAGAUGAAAAAGUCUAUCUUAGUAUCGGUUGUCCAUGUACGGCGAAUGAGAGUGUCGACUCACAUCAUGACAUUCAUACUCCAGAGUUUUUGAAUACUAUUACAUCUUCAGGUCUGCCAAACCAUGAAUUAAAGUUGAAGAAAGGUGUUUAUGUUAUGUUGUUGAGGAAUAUAGACGAGUCCAAUAGGUUGUGUAACGGUACAAGAUUGACCAUUACUCGAUUGGGAAAUCGCGUUCUGGAAGCAAAACUAAUACUAGGCACUAAUGUCGGACAAAAGUUCUUCAUUCCAAGAUUGUCGUUAACACCGUCAGACAGUAGAAUUCCAUCUCACUUUAAGAGGAGGCAAUUUCCCCGUUCUUUCCUUCGUUAUGACAAAAUAAAAGCCAAGGUCAAUCUCAUUAAAAUGAAUGUAUUGACUCUCAAUCGAAUUGUCACACAAUAUCAAAGAGAUUUUUAA